GUUUCUGGGCAUUAUUUUAGUUUAUUCUAAUGUGUAUGCUCUUGAAGUGGCUUUAACUCAGCUUCUGUUAACAUUUGACAUCUUUUUUCCAGUGUUAGUUUUAUGACCACUAGUUUUUCAGUACAUUUAGUGUACUAAACAGGUGGUUACUUGGAUUACAGGGCUUAGGCCUUGGGUUUUGUGCAACACGGAGCAGCAAGAGUCCCUGAGGACAGCAGGACGCUCAGCGCAGCUCAUUGUUAACCGGCCUUUGCUCUGCCAACCCCCACCCGGCAACGGCCGCCAUGGCUGCGCCCGCCCUCCCGCGCGGCGCCGCCUCAGAGGCCGGGGCGGGCGCCGCCUUCCUUCCCUUCCCUGCACCGGGGUGCUCUGCGUUCGGGGGCCGAGCGCCAAGUCUCCGGGGGCCGUUCCUCAGCAUCCCCCUGCCUGCCGCCCUGGCCGAGGCGUAGCGGGAGCCCCGCUGCCGCGGGAAGCGGCCUCGGGGCCUCGGCUAUCGCAGUUGGUAAAGAAUGGAAGAAUACGAAGUAGUGAAAGUAUUGGGAGAGGGGUCCUUCGGGAGAGCUCUCCUAGUUCGACACAAAGUCAGCGACCAGAAGUAUGCCAUGAAGGAAAUUAGGCUUCCUGUGUCUUCAUCUGAGGUAGAGAACUCUAGGAAGGAAGCUAUUCUUUUGGCUAAAAUGAAACAUCCAAAUGUUGUUGCCUAUAAAGAAUCCUUUGAAGCUGAUGGACACCUGUAUAUAGUGAUGGAGUAUUGUGAUGAUGGAGAUUUAAUGCAAAAGAUUAAACACCAAAGAGGAAAGUUGUUCCCUGAAGACACGAUCCUUUGCUGGUUUGCACAGAUGUGCCUGGGUGUGAAGCACAUUCACGAUAAGCGUGUGUUGCACAGGGAUAUCAAAUCUAAGAACGUCUUUCUCACUCAAAAUGGAAAAGUAAAAUUGGGAGAUUUUGGAUCUGCACGACUUCUUGCACACCCAAUGUCAUAUGCCUGCACAUAUGUGGGAACUCCUUACUAUGUACCUCCUGAAAUAUGGGAAAACAUGCCAUACAACAACAAAAGUGACAUAUGGUCUCUGGGAUGCAUCCUGUAUGAGCUGUGCACUCUUAGACAUCCAUUUCAAGCCAAUAGCUGGAAACAUCUAAUCCUUAAGAUAUGCAAAGGAUCCUACAGUCCUCUGCCAGCUCGCUAUUCCUAUGAACUCCAUUACUUAAUAAAACAGAUGUUUAAGAAAAAUCCAAAGAAUCGUCCGUCAGCGACUACUAUUCUUGCAAGAGGUUGCUUAGCCAAACUUAUCAAAAAUUGUUUCCCUUCUGAGGUGACAGAAGAAUUCAAGCAAGAUCUAAAGGAAAUCAGGAAAUGCAAAGGCACUGCAAUAAGACCAAAAGGUAGUGUUGCAGCUGGUGGAGGCUCAAAUAAGAGAGAAAGUAAGCAAAGCAAAGAUGAAAGUAGCACAUGGUUGAAAAGUGAAAAUACUACUAAAGAUUUGAAUGAAUGCACAAGAGAACAAAGGAAAAAUGAUGAAGAGGCAGAAACUUCAGAAGUCCUCUCAGGAAUUACUGAUUUGACACAUCUCCAUAGGAGACGAUGGGAGAAGAGGACAUUCAGUACUGUAGUGGAUGUCCUGGAAAAUGCUCCCUUGCUUUCUUCCAGUUUUACAUCUGAAGAGAAUAAAAAUGGCUCUGUUACAUACUACAGUGAAAAUAAGCCACGUAAGCAGUGGGCUAAGGAAACUCCUCAGACCCUGAUGAACAUCCUCAGUACUGCAGAUGUCAGCUUAGCAUUUAAAACAUACACAAUUUAUAAACCAGCUUCUGAGAAUAUAUUAAGAGGUCCACUUUCUGAUGAAACUGAAGCAUCUGAUGAACUAGAUGGGGAACAUGAAGAUAUUGCCACAGAUUUGGAGAGACUUGAGCCUAGAUCUGAUGAAGACGAUACGGACUUUGAGGAAGAUGACCCAGAUUGGGUGUCAGAACUGGAAACGGUAUUGAUACACAGUGACUGAAAACCUGGAGUUUUUCUACAGUAACAAAAGUCAGUCUUACUGCUAUUUGUAAUCUGAUUUGUUGUUGUUAAUAGUUGGAGUUAUUAAUAAAAUCACCUUAUUCAAAAAAUUCUGAAUAUGCAUAUUUUCUGUAUCACAAAACUGAGGGAAUUGCAUAGCUUUGCCCAGGGAAGUGGUC